AGUGUAAAAGAGUCAGUGAUUGACGAUAUUCAUUUCGUUCCCUAAUGAAAAUAUAGUUUGCCUUAAUUUGUACAAUACUUAGCAGUAGGCACAGAGUUUUUCAACUGACAGAUUUUCUACUCUUGCGAAGUAACAAACAUUUGAUCGUCGUGUCAAAGAGACUGGCGUCUGUCGGUAAAUAAAACGCCUUCUGUAGUACAAAUAUAAUUCUACACCUCCCCUGUUUCCAUUAUCGCCAACAAAUUUAUAUCUCACUUUUGGAUUGUAAUCCGGAAUGCUAAAGUAAAAUAAAACAAAGCUGGCUUGCCGUUUAUUUUCCUUUCUGUGGAAUGCCGAAAGCUCUGAAUCUGAUUGGCGCAAUUGACAUCUCCUUUGUUUAUGUUGACACAGUAAAACCAUCGUUGUUUGUAUAUAGAUUUUAAACUAAACUUCGAAUUAUCAGUCAAACCGGGCAAGGUUCAACAUCGGUCACGACUGAGAUGUUAAUGAAAAUAUCAUGAUGCCGGCGAGCUCUCUAAACCUUGAGAACUCGAAGUACUUCUCCGGAAUCGAAGGCUAAGCGAGCAAUUUUAGAAACAGUUUUAAAAUGGAAGAAUGCAAUAACUCUUGUACUAAUCAAGAUUUUCGUGAGUAUCAGUUUAUACGCAAAUCGCCUCGUCACUGGUACGUGUUCUUGUGCAUAGCGAAUGUUGUUCUUUCCAUUUCUGCGAUUGUUGGAAACUCUAUAAUCUUAAUCGCCCUUUUCCAGUGCCGCACGAUUUACUCGUCUUCCAAAGCUCUUUUUUACAGCUUGGCUUUGUCUGAUUUUGGAGUUGGCUUGAUCGCACAACCGUUGCAAGUUGCUACAGGCUUGGGCGCUCUCCGUGGUAAUCUCGAAUUAUUUUGUUCAGUUCAACCGUUUUACGCUGCAGUGGCCUACUUCUUCUGUGCCGUGUCUUUUACAACAACGACAGCAAUAAGCAUUGAAAGAUACCUGGCGUUGAGACUCGGAAUGCAAUACAGAUUGAUAAUAACCGUGAAAAAAGUCACUCUGGUUGUAGCACUCCUAUGGAUAUGCAGCGCUAUCUGGGCGAUCUCCCGAAUGUGGAAUAUCAGAAUCAAUAAAAUCAGCGCCAUAAUUCUCGGCUUUUCUUGCAUUGUCAUAACGUCUUCAUGCUAUUUCAGAAUAUAUCGCACUCUGAGGGCUUUAAGAACAAGAAUAUCAAACGAAGCUUCCACAAGGCAACCUCGAUAUACUUUGAACAUGAUGCUAUACCGCAGAUCUGUGAACAGUAUGCUAGCAGUUUUCGGUUUGCUUUUAGCAUGUUAUACUCCUUAUCUUUGUGCAAUAGUUGUAGUGGCCUGUUUGGGAUAUAGCUCCACAGUUGUGUUGGCAACAAAUCUAACAUCAAUGGUGAUUUUUCUUAAUUCUUCUAUAAAUCCUUUUGUCUACUGUUGGCGAAUUAGAGAAAUUCGUUUUAAAGUAAUGCUAAUUGUUCGGAAAUUGCCUUUACCUUAACAGCAGGCUUAAAACAUCUUGUCAGCUAGAUUAGUCAUCAAUUUUUCAUUCUGGGUGACGGCUCAGUCACUUCUCAGUUCUAUAAACAGAAAAAGAUAAUAACUCUUAAUGUAUUCUUUUAGCAAAGUUGAUUUUCGGGUAAAUUUCCAUACGGGAGAAUUCUUGACAAUGUUAAUAUUCUUAGCUUAGUUGGAAAGAUUUUAUGAUAAACUCUGGACUCACUGAAACGUAAGCUAUAUUUUCUCGUAUUGCCUGUUAACACUUGUACAGCAUGAUUAGUAAGCAUGAUUUUAUCGCAGUUAAUUAGCAGGCCCCGGCAGCAAUUUAAGCGGUCGGAUGUUGCUUGCGUGGGAAUUAAACAGAUUGUGAAAACACGAACCAA